AUGAUACUUAUUUUGUGUCUUUUACGUUUAUAUAUAAAAUUUAAUGAAAAGAAAAUUAUUUUUAACAAAAAUAAAUUAAAAGUGGAUCAAAGAAGUGAACCCGGUAAAUUUGACAUACAAGAACGUAUUGCCAAACAUAUACCCUAUUUGCCCAUAGAAGAUCUAGAAACUUUUCUAGUGUCAAUGCGAUCAUACAAUUUAAGUUGUGCCUGGUAUCCGGGCAUCAUGGAUAUUCAUAUUCAAAAUGAAUAUUGGCAAAUAUUACGUAACAGAAAUCUAACCUAUCAUCUAUUUGGUGCCUAUCUAGACAAUAGGCCAUAUGUGACUAAUAAUAGAAUACUAAUACGUAUACUAACAAUGAUUGAUUUAAUAUCAAAAAAUCCUCAAGAUUAUCCAACAACAUAUUGUCAAUUUUGGUUUAGAGAAAAAUUCCAACCGAUUAUAGUGCCCGUAGAGAAAACACAACUUAUAUGGAGAUACGAAUGGCCGCAUGAUUCUCAGUAUAGUUUUCCUUAUAUUCUAACAUGUACUCUGCCUAAAGAUUAUGAGCAAUGGUUACCGAAAAGUGUAUCAUUGGUAGCAGCACCCUGUGAUAAGGCUACCAAUAUGUUAAGAGUGAUUUAUCGUCCCUUAAAAGCUACAGAAAAGAAAAAAGAAUUUGCUGUUUGCAUAAAGGGUUUAGAUUUUCCUUAUAUUGAUUUAUCUUAUCGUGUGGUGGAAUAUUUAGAAACUUUACGUGUACUAGGAGCCGAAAAAGUAAUCAUGUAUAAUCUAGAGAUACAUGAAAACACCACCAAAGUUUUAGAAUAUUAUCAGCGUACAGGAUUUGUAGAAUAUCGUCCAUUUAGUUUUAGUCUCAAAUACUCCAAUUAUCCCGACUAUCGUCAUCGUCAAAUAAAAACUAAACCGUAUCCAUUUAUUUUACACGAAGGUAUAGCCUACAAUGAUUGUAUCUAUAGAAAUAUGUAUAGAUUUCAAUACAUUGGGGUCUGGGAUAUAGAUGAGUUACCAUUGCCUUUAAAAAACUACACAAAAUGGCAUGAUCUAGUGAAAGUAGCCGCUGAAACAAAAAACUCUACGUGUAGGAGUUAUAAAAGUCUUUGUUUUUUGUGUGCCUAUUUUCCAGAUUACCAACAAGAACCUAUCUUAACUGAAAGAUUUCCCAAUUACUUUUAUAUGCUGCAGCAUGUAAGACGUGUUAAAGAACAUGCAUCUUUGGGCAAAGCUAUGAAAUGUUUUCAUAAUACUGAUUAUAUUAUAGCAACACAUAAUCAUUUCGCAAUUCACUAUGUUGUAAACUGUAACGGUUAUACAUUUCCCGCUACUGAUGCUCAAAUGAAUCAUUAUCGUGAGCCACCCAAGAAAGAGGAUCUUUCAAAUCUAGUAUUAGAUAAAAGAUUGUGGCGUCAUGGAAAUGAAAUUGUAGAAAAAUCUUUAAAAAUAUAUGAAGAAUUGAAUUUUUUUGAAGAAGUAUGAAUUUAAAUUAAGAUAAUAUUUUCUUAAGAUUUUGUUGUUAGUUAUCUUUAUUGUAAUAUAAGGUAAAUAAUUUCAGAAUGUUGUUUUGUGAAAUAAAAUUUAAAAACUCCCAGAUAGGAAAAUUGUAGUACAUAGUUUAAUAACUAAGUAGCUGACUAACUAACUAACUAACUAACUAACUAACUAACUAACUAACUAACUUACUAACUAACUAACUAACUAACUAACUAACUAACUAACUAACUUCGAGUGUUUCGUCUUUGCAAGCAAGAGAGUGGACCAGGGAUGGUACGAUAUUAUUUUUUUAUACUAUUUGGUGUUCAAAAGUACCGUGGUACUCCCGGGUCUUAUUUGAUACUUUUAGAGCCACAAUCUCAAUAUAAGUAUGAGAACUUUCCAUGCAUCGUUUCAAAAGAAAUAACAAGAGAUUAAGAAUAAAAGUUUCUUUAAAAUUUCACCUUUCCAAAAAUGCAUCAACUUAAAGUUCUAGAAAACAACUAAUAAUAUUAUAGAAUAUUGGAAUUA